UUCCGGUGCAAAUGAAAGAAGGCUUUUCGUUGUGCGUCAGCGGAGAGUUGGAGGAGCGCGGUGUGUCCUGAGGAUUAGUUAAGUGCGAUUAAAGGUGAUCUGCUGGAUUUCCUUCAUGGUGAAGAUGAAGAUGUGUGCGCUGUUUGUGAUCCUCGCUCUCGCGUCCCAGCAUGCAUCAGGGGUGGAGGUGGAGGUGUAUGAGGGGGAGGAGUCUGUCCCGCUGCCCUGUCAGUUUGCUGCUCCGAUAUCUAAGGAUCACGUGAUCGUGUGGAGACGAGACGAUCUACAUUCUUCGAUCAUCCACAGUAUCGUGGAGGGAAAAGUUGAUCUGAGCAGCCUAAACAAGCGUUACUCCAACCGAACAUCAAUGUCCGCCGACGCCCUGCAGACUGGAGACCUCAGCCUCACUCUUAGGAAGCCCACGUUCACCGACAGUGGGACCUACACGUGUCUCACCCGCAAAGAUGGAGAGGAGAAGCAGAGGACUGAAGUCCAGCUGAAGGUCAAAGAACAUCCUCCUGUCUGGCCCAUAAUCCUCUCAGUUGGCCUGGUUGGGAUUGUGCUUCUCAUCAGUGUCCUCCUGAAUCGUGUGAAAGAAAGACAGAACUCGAUGACAGUGUGUCAGCUGACACCAGUGAAGGUGACCGAGGGGCACCGUCUGUCCUGCUGCCCUACACACCCAGAUGUUCUCUUCAAGAUGCUGUCAGAGUGGAGUGGACCAAGCUGAAAAAUAAUGACCAUCUAGUUGUCUGUGUGUUUAAGAACGGUCAGAUCCUACGUGAGCAACAACAUCCUGCUUACAUGAACAUCACAGACAUGAAGAAAGACGCUCUGACUGAAUGUGACGUCAGUCUGACUCUGAGGAAACCACUGCUGUUUGAUGGAGGAGUUUACGUCUGCAGCAUCUACAACAAGGAUGGAAUAACCAUAAAUCAGAAAGUAGUGCCGCUGCUGGUCAGAGAGCCCCUGUGGAACAGCAUUAGAGCUGCACUCGGCUAUCCCAUCAAGGACAUGAUCCCGCCUGAUUAUGAGCCACUUAAUGAUGAAUUUCGUCAUCUGCACAAUUAACCAGUCUGAUGUGAUGAAGCUGGAGAUGAUGAAGAGGAGGCUGCCGUCAGCUCGUCCUUCUCCAUGGAUGUGAAACAGGAAGCUCAGUGUAACAGCUGAAGCUGUCUCUCAUGUAUGAACUAACGAUGGAGCGUUGUCCUCUCAGUUUCUUCUUCUUCUGUCUGCUGCAGACUCUGCAUUGAUCACAUGACCCACCCGCUGUUUUACUUUUACCUGUGUCUGCAUGUUAGUGGAUCAGCAUCAUGCAUGUUCAUGCGGCCCUCUGUGAUCUUCACACUGAGCAUCAUCAUCAUCCCACUGUCAGAGAGGACCAAUCAGAGCUCAGCUCCUGGCUGUGUCUGCAGACUGACCUCAGAUCAGCACAAAGCUGUGUAACACGUCCUCAGAGGUCAGGUGGAUCUGCUCAGUGUGACGCUCUCUGUCAAUGGAAAAUUGUACUUAGUAGUCAGUAUAAUCUUUUAGUGAUAUAAGUUUGCAUAUGGUAGAAUACUGCAUG